UAUUUUAAUAUUUGUUCAUGUUAUUGCUGGUUUUUAAUUAAGGAUUUUGUGUAAUGUUGUGGUGAUUAAGCUGGUUUGGUUAAAGCUUUCUGGGUUUUAAAAUGCUUUGAAUGAUUAAAGAAUGUUAUGACAAAUAAAGAAUAAUUUUAUGGCCAUAUUAAACACAUGCAGUGUUUUAAUUAAUUGCAGUAAUGGAGAAUUUCGUUUAUGUAGGUGUAGCGGGGAUAUGAUGUAAUUGCUAGAAAAGAAUAAAAUGUUUGAGUCACUGCUUCAGUUGGUGGAUGAACGGUUCAUCAUUGAAUCAACACUGUUAGCAUUGGGUAGCUCAUUGUCCGCUAUUUUCUACUAUCUUCAACACAAGUAUAAUGCUAAAGCUGACCAGUUGGAAGAUGCUGUUAUGCUUGAUCUGGAUUCAAACCUGAGAUCGAUGGUCAGAGAUGCCCCUCAUGGAAUCAUUCCAUAUGCUGCCAUUAAUGGCCAUGUUAGGUGUGAUGGUAAUCCGUUAAGCUGCGACUCAUUGCCAGAAAUCAAGGGAGUUUUUUGGGAAAAAACUACAGCUGAGCAUAAAGAUGUGUGGGCCAAGUAUUCAAACACUUGGCAUAGCGUUAACCAUACAGUUUCAUCUCUAUCUAAAAGAACACCCUUUUUUUUAAGCAAAGACUCAAAGUCUAAAGUUGAAGUAAUCGACCCUGAAAAGUCUGCAUGGUUUUCUGACAGUGUUGAAGUUGUACAUGACUCCUACACACCACAAUCACAGUCAGUUGUGGAUAGUAUUGUUGGCUUUGUAAGUGGUGAACGGUUAAAGGGCUUCAGCACCACAGAAAAAAUGCUCCGCCUUGGCUCAAAGCUGUGUGUAAUUGGAGAGAUUGUGUUCGAGGACAAUACUCUGAAAAUUCGCCAACCUGCUGUAGGUUAUGGUGAAUACAUUGUCAGUAAAUUUUCCCAGAGCGAGAUUGUGUCUUCCUUUCGAAGCAAGGGUAAAUUCUGGAAAGGCUUUUCUAUAAUCAUAGGAGCUUCGUCUGUAGUUGCGAUAUAUUUCAUUGUGAGAAGAUUGAGGAAGAAAUGGAUAAGACUUCAGCAGGAGCAGAGGACACAAGAGGAGAUGCGAGAAGUUCGACUGCAAAGAGCUCAUAGAGCAAGACAGGCGAACAGGGAACCAGAAUCAAAUAAUGACAAUUCAUGUGUUGUUUGUCUAACUAACCCCCGCGAAUGUAUUCUGUUAGACUGUGGGCAUAUUUGUGUUUGUAUAGAUUGUUUAGAAGCUCUGCCUUCGCCCAAACAAUGUCCAGUCUGCAGGUCAGAUGUAGCACGUAGUUUACCAAUUUUUGUUGCGUAAUUUCUUGUGAUUUGUUAUCAGGCAAAGCUUUGUGUUGCAGUUUAAUAAAUAUCAUGCUUACAAACCAUUUUAUACUUUAUAUCCUAGUUUAUGUUAUUUUCUCUUCAACUGUAG